UUCUAUAAGUAGUCGCGUAUCGCUCGCGAUAGCAGGAGUACGCACGACCCAGUCGAACGACGAGCGUGAAGGCGUGUGUCACGAGACGUCUCCGGAGACAGCUAUGGAACGACAGCGUUGCUCUCGUGACAUCGCGGGCCAGGUCGAGAUGUCCCUCGCCACCGCGACCACGCCGUGGCUGACGACAGACUUCCUGGCGGGGCUGCUGCGGAGAGCCGAGGACGACCCCGCGCUGACGGUGGACGGCGUGGAGGUGAGGCCGGCCUCGGCGCAGGGCGACAACUAUGCCAGCGACCUGCGCAAGGUGGAGGUGGACUACCGCGACGGCGGCGGCGGCCGGCGCAGGAGGUCGCUGGUCGUCAAGACGCCACCCGAGCUGCCCGUGAUGCGGCGCUUCGUGGCAGAGCUGCGCCUCUUCCAGAAGGAGGUGUUCGCGUACAGCCGCCUGCUGCCCGCCCUGAGGACCCUCACCAGCUGCCCGCCGGUGACCCCCGCCUACCUCCCCGCGGACACGCCGGACAUCGUGGUGCUGGAGGACGUCUCCUCCAGAGGCUUCAAGAUGGCGGACCGCAAGACGGGACUGGACCUCGCGCACUGUCGCCUGGCGCUGAGGGCGCUCGCCGCCUUCCACGGGCUGUCGGCGGAGCUGGUGCGCCGCGACCCGGCCGUCAUCGAGCACUUGCCGGAGCUGGUCCACAACACGGGGAGAAGGGAGACUCAAAUGAGGUUCAUUCCCAACACCUACGACAGCUUGGCGGACAUAGUGGAGACGUGGCCCGGGUACGAGCGGUUUGCCGGAGAGAUCCGUCGGCGCAGGGACACCGUGGUGGAGGACCUGGAGCGACUCGUGGUGCCCUCGGAGGACGGCUUCAACGUGGUGAACCACGGCGACUUCUGGGUCAACAACAUGCUGUUCCGCUACUCGGAGGACGCGGGCCGCCCGGAGGAGGUGUGUCUGAUCGACUUCCAGAUCCUGCGCUACGGCUCGCCGGCGCUGGACCUGCAGUACUUCCUGGCCACGAGCCUCGCGAGGGGAGUCAGGGAGGACCACGAGGACGAGCUGCUGGCGAGCUACCACGAGGCGCUGAGGGCGAGCACGAGCACCCUGGGCGCGGCGCGCGGCGUCUGCGGCCUGGACCGCCUGCGCAAGGACUUCCAGGACAAGACGCUGUACGGCUUCCACGCGGCCUGCACCAUCCUGUGCGCCGUCGUGGCCGAGCCCGGAGACGCCAUGGACCUCGGCUCGCUCUCCGAGGAGUCCUCCGAGUCGGACCACGUGGACUACCUGACUAAAGCUCUGCGGGGAGAACGGUUCAGAGAAGCUUUCCAGAGAAUGUUGCUCUUCUACGGGAAGAAAGGUUUCUUCAAGAGCAAAUAAUUCAGUGCAAUCCAUGCAAAUCCAUCUGUGAUUUUUACUGAUUAUUUUAUUUACUGCCAAGUUCAUGUAUUCAUAUUAUAGGUGUAGCGUUAUUUUUUAUGUACUAAAUUUUAGGAACAUUUAAUGAAUAAUUAUUUUAAUUGAAAAAUAUUGAAAAUUAUUCAGUGAAACAAACAAUUACUUUUUUCUGACAAAUUAUGAUAUUUACGUAUGCGAAUUACACUAUUUUUAACUGGUAAUUUAACAUUCCAAUUCUGUGAUUUUCGGAGAUAAUGCAAUUUCAAAUACAAGACAAGUAUUUAUGACUUGAUUUAAGCUUUUGGACAUACGCCAUUGCUAAGCACAUGUAUGUCUGUAGAAGAAAACUACAAAAAAAACAAAAGACAAAAACUUGCUUAAUUUGUGUGUUUGUCUGUGUUUUUUGUAGUUUUCUUCUACAGACAUACAUGUGCUUAGCAAUGGCGUAUGUCCAAAAGCUUAAAUCAAGUCAUGCACUCCCAUUGCACAAAUCUUUCAAACACGUCUUUAUGAUGUGAAUAAAAUUUAAAUAAUCCUACAUAUAGAUAAUAUUUCGAAGAUUUGAAACUGGUGGUAGCAAUAGGCUACCUGUGAUUAAUUAAUUAUAUAUCUAAUGUUUAUUUGGAUGCGUGCUGACGUGAAGAAUACUGCUACCAUUUUAUAAUUUUCCAGAGAUGACUACAACCUUGGAAAUAUCUUUCUGAAGCUACUGAGGUCACGAAUCCAUUAAUGAAUUAGGUUGCUAUAUAUGAAGCAGGUUUUAAAAUAAAUAACAAGGUAACUUCGAAAUUAUUUCUUUUACUGGCUACAAAAUUUUAAUAUGACAAUUGCAAACUUUGACGAAAUUAAUAAAUUGUUUUGAAUAAAUUAUGUUUUUAAAUAUUAUAUAGUUAUUUAAGAAAAACAAUUAAGAAUACUUUAUUACUGUUCAAAAAAUCUCAUUAAGAUAUGAAAUUAAUAUCGUGCAGGGUACUCAAUCAUGAACCAGAAGAAUAAAAAAAGGGUAAAGGAAAUUUACACAAUCAAAUCAUGACACCCCUGGGUAUUAUGUUACAGCAAAGAUAAACAAAUAAAAGAAAAAAAGUGCGUGUACUUACGUAUGCGCUUUAGAAGUUACAUUUACGUGGCGUAACCAAUAAAAAACUUAGUUUUGCAUGCAAAUAAUUAAUAGAAAUAAAUUAAAAUGACCGUAGUGAUAUUAUAAUCAUGGUUGUUAACAUAAAAAUGUGUAUAGAUAUAUUUUAUUAAAAUAAUCAAGAUAAUUUUGAAUCAAUAAAUAUGUGGAAUGUUUAUUCUUAUUUAAAUAAUUUUUAUUUAAAUUACAACUUAAAAUUGCAAAUAAAUAAUACAUACGGGAACAUAACCUCACAAACACUUGCAUGAACACUGCCAGGAGACUGCUAAACCUUUCAUAGACUCUCUCUGAUAGCGUCAAUGGAAGCUUACUACCUAACCUGACAUCGUUAUUCCUACUGGAAAGUGUAAUACGACUUUCAAGUCGUAUUAAACUUUCAACAAAUUUAAUUGAAAACAAUUUAUGCGUAUAUUUAUCACGCUCGGCAUUACUUUAAAAUAAUUAUACGUUAAAUUUCUUUCCUUUUUUGGUCUCGGAACAUUCAAAGAAAUGUUUUCAACGAACUGAUCAGGAAGACUUACCUCAUCAGAUAUGGACAAAUUAUCAUUGUCAUCCUUUCUGUCGUAUAACGACGCACUAGAUCCACUUUCCGAAGAAGACUUGUUGCCAAUGCUUCAUAGGUGUUCAACUCCAGACAUGUUUAGUAUUUUUUUCCACAUUUCAGAUCAAAUGCUCUGUGCGAGUCAUAGGAGUGGUACUAUACAAGUAGUAAAUGAAUGGGACUCCUGUGUAAGGUUCCACGCUGAGGUGUGAGGUGGGGUCAAUGACUGACCGACCAACCUCUGACGUCACGGCGGCCAUCUUAAAACUCAACAUUCCUCAAAAAUGUUUUCCCGUUUUUAUUUCUCAAAAAUUUUAUGCCUCAACAUAUUUUUGCAUUUGAAAGAACCAAAUGUCUUAAAAACGGCUUAAAAUUCCUAAAAGCAAGUCGCAGAGGUCACGACUUUGACCGCAAACUUGAUAUUCUUUAAUUUUUGAUAAAAUUUCCAAUAAAAUAUACAAAAUGUUUAGUUACUUAAUUCGUGUAAUGUAAUAAUAAAACAAGUUGAAAAUGCGUACUUAAUUUUUUAAAAAAUAAAUAUUGCUUACAUCACACCCGCCAUUUUGGAUUUUAGAAACUCCAGCAAUUUUUAACAGUAAAAAUUAAUUUGGAAAAAAAUUAAAAUUCAUAAAAAUAUUUAUUUAAUAAAAUAUUGAUAAAAAAACGCACAAGAUGGAAACCUCGGUUCAAACCCGGUGAACUCAUUCGAUUAAAAAUGGCGACGAAUAUUGCGUCAGUCCGUACGAUGUAAUGGCAGCCAUCUUGUGUAUGCCAUAUUAGCUUUUUACCCGCUAGAGUACAGUAGUAGUCUUGGUUGCCAUCGUGAAAAUCCGUAGUUAUAUACAUAGAAAUUAGGGGAAAAAUUCCAUAAAUAAUCAAAAUAUCUUUUAUUAAAAUAAUGACUUGAUUCGAUCGCAUUCUCGCUGCAAUCUGAA